AUGACUGAAGCCAAACAAGAUUUAAUAGAAUUAUCAACAAAUCCUUUAGAUGUAUGGAUAAAUACACAUUAUGAUGAAUUGUGUGCAGGUAUGACGUGUGAAAAUGCUCUAUUCUGCAAACCAUCAGACAUGAAAGACAAGAAUUUCCAAAUGAGCAUUAAGGAUAAAUGUGAUAGGAAACAUAGAAGAAUAGACGGUAAACAAACAUGGUGUUAUGUUUUGAAAGAAGAAAUGAAAGGAUUAUAUAAACAGGUUGAACCAAACGAUAAUGAGGAUUCAUUUACUGACGAUGAAAUACCUGUAAAUGAAGCUUUAUAA